AGGGGGAGGAGGCAGGAGGCAGGUGCCUGUCCAUAAAACAGCUCUGAAAGCCUGCCUGGGUUAGUGGCGUCAAAAUGCACAGCUCCGUGUACCUUGUGGCUCUGGUGGUCCUGGGGGUGGCCGUAUGUGCAGCGCAGCCCCGAGGCCGGAUUCUGGGUGGCCAGGAGGCCGAAGCCCAUGCCCGGCCCUACAUGGCAUCGGUGCAAGUGAAUGGCACACACGUGUGUGGGGGCACCCUGGUGGAUGAGCAGUGGGUGCUGAGUGCGGCCCACUGCAUGGAUGGAGUGACCAUAGAUGACAUUGUGCAGGUGCUCCUGGGCGCCCACUCUCUGUCCAUCCCUGAGCCCUACAAGCAGCUGUACGAUGUACAAAGCGUAGUUCCUCAUCCGGGCAGCAGGCCUGACAGCCUAGAGGACGACCUCCUUCUCCUUAAGCUGUCCCAGAAUGUCUCCUUGGGUCCCCACGUGAGACCUCUGCCCUUGCAAAGCGAGGACCGAGAAGUGAUACCCGGUACGCUCUGCGACGUGGCUGGUUGGGGUGUGGUCACCCAUGCGGGACGCAGGCCUGAUGUCCUGCAGCACCUGACAAUGUCAAUCAUGGACCGGAACACCUGCAAUCUGCGCACGCACCAUGACGGGGCAGUCACCAAGAACAUGAUGUGUGCAGAGAGCAACCGCAGGGACACUUGCAGGGGUGACUCCGGCAGCCCUCUAGUGUGCAGGGACGUGGUCGAAGGUGUGGUUACCUGGGGCUCUCGAGUCUGUGGCAACCGCAGAAAGCCAGGUGUCUUUAUCCGCGUGGCAACCUACAUGACAUGGAUCGAGAACAUCUUGAAGGGUAAUGUGACGGCCUGAGGGGACACCGGAGACACGUGGCUCACAAUAAAUGCAAGCAUCUGAA